AUGAACGGCAAGGUUAUCACGUUCGCCAGAAGUGGCGAUCUGGACGUGCCAGUCAGAAUCAAGGCUGACUCUCUUGAGGGUACUUUCCCUCUGCUGUCUCUCAGUGAACAGCUUGUGGACCCCCAAAAAGCGCUUGCCAAACACAGAGUCGACGCCACCUCCGACCUCACACUUACUGCUCAGGUCUGGGCCAAUGGCAAAGCUCUCACCGGCCAGAUUGCCACGACAUACAAGUCGUUCAAGUCCAAGAGACGCUGGAACGAAUGGCUGCAGUUUCCCAUCAGGCUGAGCCAGCUGCCUCUGGACGCCGAGGUCCGCUUCCAGUUCUGGGACUACGACGGUAACGACAUGCUGGUGGCCCGGGCAACAAUUCCCUUUUUCGACAGCAAAAACGCCGUACUCCUGAGAGGAAGACAAAAGGUGGAUGUGGUCAUAGACGACGAGGACGAACAGGAGAAGGAAAACAAAUUUAACGACAAGACCAAGGCAAUUGCGAAUAACAACUCGGGUUACUCGGAAAUGGACCGGCUGGAAAAACUCAUCAAGAAACAUGAGCUGGGAGACAUGCCUCGAUUGGACUGGCUGGACAACCUAGCAUUUCGACAAAUCGAGCUCGUCAACACCAAACACACGACAAAGUCCGAUCUCUUCUUGUACGUGGAGUACCCCCAGUUCCAGCAUGUUGUGGUCUAUUCACCUCCACCAGUCCUGUUGGCUCCCCAGCCUCUAGAACCUCCCCAGAUCCAGCAGAUUCAAAACACACAGACCGAUAAUCCCAUCGAGAGCAAGUACCGACGAUUGCUGCGAAGCCACAAGACAGGUCCGCUAGACAAGGAUCUCAAGCCGAACGCCAAGAUGCGAGACGAGCUCAACCUGAUCUUCAACUACCCUUCAGCCCAGGAGCUCACAGAGAACGAGAAGAACUUGCUGUGGAAGUUCCGGUACUACGCUACCCGUGAUAAACGGGCUCUUACCAAGUUUCUCAAGUCCGUUUCAUGGGAUGACGCUUCGGAAAUGAGACAGGCUAUUGCAUUGCUACCCAUGUGGAAGGAGGUGGAUAUUUCGGAUGCCCUGGAGAUGCUGGGUCCUGGGUUUGCAGAUCAUCCUGCUGUGCGAGCGUUUGCGGUAGACAGACUUAGGGCUUCUCCUGACAAGGAGCUGGAGCUGUAUCUGCUUCAGCUGGUUCAGGCUCUGCAGUUUGACAAGGACCGUGUUGUUUCGCAGUUCCUCAUCUCUCGAGCUGUCGCUUCUCCAGUGCUAGGAAACUACUUUUACUGGUAUGUGCAUGUGCAAACACAGUCUGAGCAAACUACGGGACCCUUCAAGGAGGCCAUUAGUGACUUUCUGUUGGCUCUACAGACGUCUGAAAAUGGUGCCGAGAAGAUUGUGGCUCUCAAGCGUGAGUCCAACUUUGUGGGCAAGUUGGUUAAGUUGGCUCAGGACGUGCGUGCAUGCAAGGAGGCUCGUCCCAAAAAGGUGGAGCUGCUUAAAAGCAUGAUUGCUGACCCCAAGUUGGAGUUGAAGGAGCUGCCGUACCCUGUGAUUCUUCCCCUGGACCCUACACAACGAAUUGUGGGCAUUGACGAGAAUGAUUGCUCAGUGUUCAAGUCGUCUCUGACUCCGCUAAAGCUCACCUUCAAGAUGGAGGACGGCUCUCUGUACCCCAUCAUUUUCAAGAGCGGAGACGAUCUUCGCCAGGACCAGCUGGUGAUUCAGAUCAUCACUCUGAUGAAUCAGCUCUUGCUCAACGAGAAUCUGGACCUGAAAAUUACGCCUUACCGCAUUCUUGCCACGGGCGCUGUGGACGGUGCUAUUCAGUUUGUUCCCAACCAAACUCUUGCAUCUGUGCUGUCUGACUACCCCGGUGGCAUUCUCCAAUUCCUGAAGGAGAAGGCGCCCAUGACUGAGGAGCAACAGGCGCUAUUGCCACCAGGAUCUCUGUCUCUCGGGGUCCGCCCGGAGGUGAUGGAUACGUUUGUUCGUUCCUGCGCCGGCUACUGCGUUAUGACAUACAUUCUUGGAGUCGGCGAUCGGCAUCUGGACAAUCUUUUAAUUUCAGACGAUGGUCACUUUUUCCACGCCGAUUUCGGGUACAUUCUCGGCCGAGACCCUAAGCCCUUCCCCCCGCUGAUGAAGCUCCCCAUUCAGAUCAUCGACGGUAUGGGCGGUAUUCACUCGGAAAACUACACAAAGUUCCGAAACUACUGUUUCACGGCGUACACGACGCUCCGGAAGAGUGCCAACCUCAUUCUCAAUCUCUUUUCGCUCAUGACGGAGGCCAACAUUCCCGACAUUGCCAUUGAGAAGGACAAGGCUGUGCAGAAGGUACGGGACCGGUUCUGUCUGGAGAUGAGUGACGAGGAGGCGAUUGUGCAUUUCCAGAACCUCAUCAACGACUCUGUGUCUGCCUUUCUACCCAUGGUUAUUGACCGCCUGCAUUCCUUGGCGCAAUAUUGGAGGGCGUAA